AUGGAUCUACAUCAACAUACACAACAGGAAUCUCUGGGUUCAAUUGGGUCGCAAUUGCAUGGUAUGCCAGUGCCUAACACAGCAACAGCAGCAGCAGCAGCAGCAGCAGCAGCAGCAGGAGCGUCGUCGUCGUCCUCGUCGUCGACUCCUUUGAUGAAGGGUGGUCGCACACCGCUGGUGAGGUCUGGGUCGCUUUUGGACAAUCUGGGCGUGCAGCGGGCAGGGUCGCCGUUCGUGACUAGCACGGAAACCGCACUUUUCGGGCUCCAGCCACAGCAGCAAGCCUCGAUGGCAGUGCCCAAUCACCCAGAUUCGGCAUUUGGCGGGCUACACGAGCCAUUGGCAUCUGCGUCGGCAUCGUCAACGUCUCUGGCACUUGACUGGGCCAACGGACAUGGUCAAGGCCAAGGCCAAGGCCAGGCCUCUUCGUUUGGAAUGGCAGUCGGGUCAGAUAUCGCAGGUGGUGGGAGUACCAGCUAUCCUGUGCUCCCGGUGCCGCCGCCACCGGGGGUCUUUGCACCCCAGAUACAGGUGAUCGACUCUCGAUGGAAAUAUAUCGAUUUCCAAGGUGUGAUUCAGGGUCCGUUCCCCUCGCAAUCUAUGACCAACUGGUACCAAGCAGGUUAUUUGCAGUCGUCGCUGCAAAUCACCCGGGUUGCGACGUGUCCCGAACCCUUUGGGGUCAAUGAUACAUUCACGUCGCUGGGUGAUUUGAUGGCAAAAGUGGGCGAUUUCGCAGACCCUUUUUCCAAGUUUGAUUUCAUUGUGACCCAGGCGCAAGUGCAAGCACAGGCACACGCGCAAGCCCAGUUUCACGCUCAGCACCCAUCUACCGAGCAGGCCGCUUCAGCAUCAACGCCCACUAGUCGACCAUCACUCUUUGACGGAUUGCAAUUGAGCAAGGAUUCCGGCCUCUCUGGGCCUGCGCCCACUAACAUGGCGCAGGAUGCUGCCACAUUUCUAGACGGCACUGCCAUAAAUCUCGAAACCCAGGACUAUACACACAGUCAGCUUCUGCAGGUACAUGACAGUGACGGAGGGUACUAUCACGAAACCGUAUCCCAAGUUCCUAUAGAUAAAUUUGUUGAGAGCGAAGCUAACAAGUCCAAGAUUCUCGACACUGCUUCUUUCAAGACUAGAGUCAAGCUAGAUCAAGACGCUGUACAAAGAAGACGUGACCACGAACUCGCCGCCAAGCAAAAGGAACAACAAGACCAGACAAAGGUGGUUCAAAAUAGCUUCCAAAGCUCAGUGCCGGUAGCGCAUCCAACUGCUCCGUUCAGGGCGGAGCCGGACCUAAACCAGUCUGUAAAAGUUGAAACCGACGGUAUUGCGAAACAGCGUCAAAGACAGCAGGAAGAAGCCGAACGUCGCAGACUUCUUGACGAGUCUGCCCGCCAACAACUUUUGAAACAACAACAACAGGAGAUAGAAGAACAAGAACAACAACAACAACGUAUUGCUCGCGAGCAACAGGAAGCGGAAGAACGCAUGAAGCGCGAGGAGUUGGAAAAAUUGCGUAGGGAAUCCGCAACCCCAAACGCUUCAGCUCCGGCCCCGGCCUUGCUAUCCGCAAAACCUGCACCUUGGGCCAACAAGGGCAAGCCUGCAUUUUCGGGUCCCUCGUUAGCUGAUGUUCAGCAGAAAGAAGCCGCUCAAAGGGCCAAGCGUAAACAGGAACAAGAGCAACAAACGAGGGAGCUUGCUGCCAAAUUGCAGCAACAAGUUUUAAUCGAAGAGUCUACCAAACCAAGAAUCGACUCGAUUGCGUCGUGGGCGAGUAAAAAGAAAUCUGCCUCGACACAAGAGCAGUUGAAAGCGCCAGUGAAAACUAUCGAACAGAUUCAAAAAGAACAGCUGGAAGAGAAGAAGUUCUUGGCUGAGCAAAAAAGAUUAUGGGAAGAAGUUCAAAGAAAUGCCAAAUUGAAUGUUCCCUCCUCUAUCAACGAGACAAACGAAUGGACCACCGUGACGAAAAAGCAGCCGGUACCUGUCAAGGCUAUCAACGGGGUGAAAAGCAUCAAACAAUCAAGUGCGUAUUUGAACCCUGAAAAGCUGCGCUCAAUGAGUGCCAACUCAAGCAAGCAAAUCGGUUCAUCCACCAGCAUACCUACACUAAAGGCUAAAGCUGUUGCCAAGCCUCCUGCCACUACUGCCGGGAACGUCUCGACAUCGUUGCGUCAGGAAUUCUUGAAAUGGUGCAAGGCACAGAUGAAGUUGUCCCCUGAUGUUGACGUGAAUGGUGUUCUCGAAGUUCUGUUCAGUCUCCCAGCUGGUCCCGAGUCGAAGGAAAUAAUAGCGGACACCGUCUAUUCUAACAGUUCAUCCAUGGACGGUAGACGCUUUGCAACCGAGUUCAUAAAAAGACGUGCCGAAUGCGAAAGCAAGCUCACAGAUAGCUUAUCUUGGAGCGAAGCAUUGUCUUUGCCCGAGGGUGAUGCCGAGGACUGGGAAUUUCAAGUUGUGGGAAAGAAAAAGAACAGAAAGCAUUAG